GCUCUGUGGUCAUUUGUUUUCAAUUGCCCAAAGUCAGCUGAGGUUUAUGUUUUGAAACUAAGAAAAUUUUGCCUUUUCGGCUGAUUAUAUUUAAAAAUUCACAUUGUUAUUUAUAUCCGUGUUUCAUUUGGGUUUUAUACAAAAUAGUGAUAUAGAUUGGCUGCUUAUUUUCAUUUCUCUAAAUGAACAAAUUUCUAGAAGACUAAUCCAGGGCCAGACCUACAUUCAAUUUUUACAGUGAAACUACAACAAGUUGAUGUAGAUAUCAUUGUUUAAUCGAUGAAACAUUACUUAUCUUCAUUGUCGUAACGAACUUUCGACAGAUUAAAAAUGUGGGACAAUAUAAUUGAAUAUUUAAAGGACCCGCUGCUUGUGGUGAAGGUACAGAACUUUUUUGGUAUUGUGUAUAAAAGAAUCAACCAAACAGACGAGGCGAGCGUGGUACAUUCGGAUAGAAUUGAUAAAGAUGAAGAGUUUGACAUCAGGCAGCAUAAGAGGAUACCCAGUGAUAUAUCAGGGAGUUCCCAAUCUUCAUAUGACACGGAAACGUCUGGAGACAGCAAUCCUGAUGAGCUGGAGCUGAUGAUAGGCAAUAAAUUCUGGUAUUAUCUGUUUGUGUUGGGAACAGCACUGGGAGAUGAAAUAUUUUACGCAACUUUUAUACCAUUUUGGUUUUGGAACAUUGAUGGAGCGGUGGGGCGAAGAGUUGUACUUGUUUGGACUGUUGUUAUGUAUAUAGGACAAGGUUUCAAAGACAUAAUCCGAUGGCCCCGACCAGGUUACCCAGUAAAGAAGCUACAACAAAAAUGGGCGAUAGAGUACGGCAUGCCGUCCACGCACGCUAUGGUCGGUGUGUCCAUACCGUUCUCAGUGCUACUGUAUACAAUAGAUAGAUAUGUGUAUCCCGUGCACUGGGGCGUCGUGAUCGCUGUCUCGUGGUGCACGUUGAUCUGUGUGAGCAGGAUUUACCUGGGAAUGCAUAGCGUUCUGGACAUAGCAGCCGGUCUACUGCUCUCAUCAUCACUGCUAGUAGUCCUGGUGCCGCUAGUAGACCGACUGGAUGGUCUACUGCUCACGGAAUACUGGUCUCCUCUGAUGGUGCUGGCGGUGUCCAUCCUGGUGAUAGUGUACCAUCCGCAGUCUGAUAAGUGGACACCUACUAGAGGCGACACGACAAUGAUAGUGAGCGUAUGCGCGGGCAUCCUCAUCGGAUCGUGGACAAAUUACCAACUUGGCAAUAUGGCCGCCAGCGACAAGACACCGCCCUACGAAAUCAUCUGGCCCUCCGUUGAAAUGUUUGGCUGUAUGCUCCUCCGGACCAUCCUGGGGUUCUGCGGAGUCCUAGCCACCAGGGCCUUCGCCAAAUCCUUCUCAUACGCCUUUGUUUGUGCUCUCCUGGGAAAGGAUAAAAAUGAAUUGAGGAACUCCGAAGACAGUCUCGAUAAUAAGAACAAAAUAUUUGUUGAAUGCUGUUAUAAGUACUUCACAUAUGGCAUGAUUGGGUUUAACACGACAUAUGUGUUUCCUAAUGUGUUUGAUUUGUUGAUGAUCAACAGGCCAACGUAUUAUACGGAAAUUUGAUAGAUGACGGAGUUUUUUAGUGUUACAGUUGUUGAGUGGUGAAAAUGAAAGUGAUGAAAGGUACUGGGUGGUAUUUCAUAUAUUUAAAAUUUAACACAUUUAAGUAUAUGAAAGGUAUGAUGGAGAAUAUUACAUAAUAUGUUGAGUAAACAAUAGUUUGAGUGGUAAUUUGCAUAUUUGCGUCACGAUAAAAACAUCACAGUACCUAUUUAAAUGAAACAAUAGUGUAGUUUUCUGAAAUCAAAAUGAUCACCCAGUAAUUCUACUGCCUAUACAUUUAAGAAAAGACAUUUUGUUUUAUUGUUUCACAAAUUGUUAUUUACUCUUUAUUGUAAACAUUAUGUUGUUUAAAUAGAGGUUUGUAUGUUUGUUCCUCGAUCAUGCAAAUGUACUAAACCGAUCUUAAGAAAAAGGAAAGUAUGUAAAAGACACCGUACUUAGUUUUAGUAAGAGGAAGAAAAAAAAAACAUAUAAAUUAGUAUUGUAAAAAAAGGUAGCUAGGAUAUCUAGAUAUCUAGAAUAUUACAUGCUAUAUGCAAAAGAAACAAAAUUACGUUUUUAUUUUUUAUAUGACAGCAGGUACAAUUAACAUCUUGCAAGUAUACUAUAAACUUGACAUACUAUAAACGAUUAGACUAACAAUCGCCCUUUAACAGAUCGUUAAAAUGUCAGUUAUAUAAAAUAUUCAUUCAAAUUAACACCAAUGAGGUGACUAAAACUCUGCCUAAUGCACCCGAAUGCAGAGUUUUGCUUCGGACGAUUUUUGAAUGUGAUUGUGAAUCUAGUUUUUUUAUUGUAUGUCAAUGCUUGCAAGUAUAAAAUGCACAAAUUUAAAUUUUUAAAUAUACUACUAUCGCACGUAAAAUAUUUAUAAGUAAUUUUCUCGUAUUCGAUGUUUAUGUUUAAUACAAAAACAGCAAAUGAGGAAUAGAAUUGAAUACUUACAUAAUUAAAUAAUAUCCCUCAUAUAAGUAUCAGUAUAAUUAUGUUUUGAAAUAUUGAGGUAAUCAAAUUUUGCAUUUUUUUUAAUUUCUUCUUUAUACAAUUCCAUUGUCCUCUUUUUGAAUAAAAUAUAAGUUUUAUCACGUUAAACGGUUGUGACAAUUUAAGUAUAUAAUAUUGAGCUUUAUACGAAUUUACCCGUCUCAUUAUCUCAAUAAAAACAUGCCAAAAGUUUCAUACUGAUUUUUUAUAUGAUACAUUUAAAAAAUAGUUUGUCCUUUCAAUAUUCAUUUAUGAAUUUAUUUAUUUUGAGCAAGCGAAAUUAAACACUUUAAAGUAAUCAUGAGUUCACUAAUUAGGCAUUUAGUUAUUCCAUUUUUCCAAUGCUUUGUCAUUAGAAUCUAAAAUUUCUAUAGUAAGAAGAAUAAUAUUCAGUAAUUAAAUCAUUCCCAUGAAUGAAAAAUUUUUACAUUCCUAGAUGGAUAUGCGAUAAAUAAUUUUGAAAACAUAAUAUGCAUGUAGCCAUAUUUCACUAUAAUAAUUAUGGUAUAUAAUAUAUUAUUAUCAUAUCAUAAAACAUUCAGUCGACAGAUGUUUAAAUAUAUUUUUAUAUGUUUUAUUUCUAAUUAAUACCUAUAUUGUGUUAUAUUCAUAAGUAUAGUAUAAACCGGGCCAAUAGAAGCGAAUAGUAAUUCAAAAUGGCCGCUUAAAAUUCGCUUGUUUAUUGGCGCGGAAUACAGUGUUAUUUAUUUUAUGUAUAAAGGCUAUGAUAUAAGUGAACAUUGGUCAUAAAAUGGGGCCUUAAUUUUGUCUAGGGUUCCAGUACGAAAUAAAUAUUGUUUAUCUUAGAAAAAUAAACGUUUUAUAUUGUUA